AUGUUUCCUUCCCUCCCAGAUAUUCCCUUGGGUCUUGCGCUACCAGCCGCGGCGACAACGCUGGCAUACUUGAAUGCAAAAUGGUCACUUUCCUACGAUGUCAAUAUGAUCAGAUCGCUUUUCAAGAUGAGCAUGAAAUUACGAUUUGCUGAACGUGGCGACCGUCUGAAUCUCUUCUACACAUUGGAAGCCUUUGCACUUGCCCCCACAACCGCCAACCACCCUUUCAUUGUUUAUAAUGGCAAAACAUGGACAUUUCAUGAAACGUAUCUUAUGACACUACGCUAUGGAUCCUGGUUUAAGAAGAACCAUGGUGUCAAACGCAAAGAAAUCGUCGCUAUCGACUUCAUGAACUCGUCCACGUUCCUCUUCAUGGUGCUUGGACUUUGGAGUAUUGGAGCAGUUCCGGCGCUGAUCAACUAUAACCUGGCUGGCAAGCCACUCACUCACUCGAUCCGGGCAUCCACCGCGAAGCUCCUGAUUGUCGAUCCGGAUGUUAGCCACUGCUUCCCGGAUGAGCAGCAAAAGGUUUUGACUUCACCGGGCUUCCGGGAUGGCAAGAGCUCAGUCAAAAUUGUAUUCCAUACCCCUGAGCUGGAAGCCGAGAUUAUGGGAUUGGAGCCUGUCCGGGAAGAUGACGAGGCCCGCAAUGGGUUGACACCCCGCGAUAUGGCCAUGUUGAUCUACACCAGUGGCACUACUGGACUUCCAAAACCUGCCAUUGUUAGCUGGAAGAAGUGCUGGUCUGGAAGUGGGUUCAUUUCAGAUUGGAUGGGCGUCACUCCUUCUGACAAGUUCUUCACAUGCAUGCCUCUCUACCAUAGUUCUGCUUCGGUGCUCGGCUUUAUAACUUGCUUGAUGAGUGGAUCAACUCUGGUCCUUGGCCGUCGAUUCUCAGCGCGGAACUUUUUGAAAGAGGCUCGUGAGAAUGAUGCCACAAUAAUUCAAUAUGUGGGCGAAACACUACGCUACCUCUUGGGCGUAGCCCCUGAGAUAGAUCCAGUAACUGGCGAGGACCUUGACAAGAAACACAAGAUCCGUUUAGCAUUUGGAAAUGGUCUGCGGCCUGACAUCUGGAACCGGUUUAAAGAGCGCUUCAAUAUUCCAACCAUCGCUGAGUUCUAUGCAGCCACGGAAGGCACUGCGGGUGCAUGGAACAUCUCGUCCAACAAUUUCUCUGCAGGUGCCAUCGGUCGAAACGGUGCCAUCGGAGACAUUGUUUUUGGCCGUUCAACCGCGAUUGUGGAUGUUGACCAUGAAACUCAGGAGCCUUGGCGUGAUCCGAAGACUGGUCUUUGCAAGAAGGUCCCACGAGGUGACCCGGGCGAGCUGCUAUUCGCUAUCGAUGCAAAAGAUCCCACUGCGGCUUUCCAGGGCUACUUUGGAAAUAAGAAAGCGACAGAAGGCAAGAUCAUCCGCGAUGUAAUCAAGAAGGGCGACGCCUACUUCCGCACCGGUGAUAUGAUUCGAUGGGACAGAGAUGGCCGCUGGUUCUUCUCUGACAGAUUGGGUGAUACAUUCCGAUGGAAGAGCGAGAAUGUUUCUACUAGCGAGGUCUCCGAGGUCUUGGGUGCCCACCCCGAAGUUUACGAAGCCAACGUGUAUGGCGUAGCACUUCCAAACCAUGAUGGCCGUGCAGGAUGUGCAGCCAUAGUAUUCCAACAACAGAUGUCAAAGGGGAACAAGUCCGACCCUGCAUCUGAACCAUCAAGCGAGGUUCUUGCUAGCCUGGCUGCACAUGUCCUCAAGAAUUUACCUAGGUUUGCCGCUCCCCUCUUCUUGCGGGUCACACCUGAGAUGCAGUCAACUGGCAACAACAAGCAGCAGAAGCAUGCUUUGCGGACCGAAGGUGUAAGCCCAGCCCUAGUUUCCAAGAAAGACUUGAUCUAUUGGCUUCAGGGUGACACCUAUGUUCCCUUUGGGCAGAAGGACUGGGACCGCAUGAAUGGUGGUCAAGUUCGACUUUGA